AUGAAGAGCCAAACUUCCGAAUCAACUCCAAUCAUCACCUUCUCAUUCCUAUCGACAGAAUCCGAUCUGGACAAGUGGCUUGAUUUUGUCCACUCGAUUUUCCGACCAAAAGCCACGAGAGAAUAUUUCCUUGCUCAUCACCUCAAUGAUCCCAAGGCAAAAGCUUCCGAUAUUGUGAUUGCUAAAUUAGACAAUGAAAUUGUGGGUACAGUGAAGGUUUUUCAUCGAUCCAUACAGGUACUUGACUCAACAAAUGGAAAACAAGGUGAAAAAGUAGUAAAUAAUAAUGAAGAAAUUAAUAAUGAUGAAGAAUUAGAAAAGCCGAGCAUCGGAAUGUGUUCAUGUAAGGGAAUUGGAGAGGUUGGUACGAGAAGUGAUUUUAGAGGAAGGGGCAUUGCUUCUUCCUUGUUGAAUUUGCAGGUGGACAAGAUGAAAAGCAAUCAUGAUAAUGAUGCAAUAAUAUUAUCAUCAUUACAUGCCUCCACUGAUGCCUCUAAACUGUAUGGAAAACUAGGAUGGAGUGCCAUUCCUUUACAUUUCUCAAAAUUGAAAUUUGCAUUGAGUAAGCCAACAUGUUCAGCACAAGUGGGAAAUAAGGUGGUGAGAAUUGAAGUGACCAAUUUCAAGAAUGAAAAUCUUCAUGUAUUGUAUGAAAAUUAUUGUAGAUAUUUUGGAUUUUUAGGGGUGGAAAUUAGAUCGGAGGAGUAUUGGAAUCGAUGGGUUGUUCACGAAUCGAAAACCCAUCAAUGUAAUUCGUAUGCUCUCUACGAAAAUGAUGAGUUGAAGGCUUAUAUCAUUGUUGGGCCUGAUGACAAGAAUGAGUGUUUGAAAGUGAAGGAGUUUAUUUGUGAUUAUUCUGAAAACUCUGAGAAACGUCUGGAAUAUUUCUUUAAACUGAUAGACCAUGCUCAAUCUGAAACUAUUGUGGAAUUGUCACAAAUUUCGGCUAUUCUGCCUCGACCAGUUGCCAAGUUUGUUUUUAACCUUUCUGGAAAAAUAGGACAAUCUUUGCAAGGUCUUACUCAUGCAGGAAUAUUGGAAGAAUAUCAAGAAUUUUGGUGGACAGAUAAUGGAUACAUGUACAACCUUGUGAAGAAACCACACGAAAAAAGUACCUUGACUGAUUUAAUUGAGGAGGAAAAGCAUGUCGUGUGGAAAACUGAUGGAUUUUAA